AUGAUUUUUUUUCAAAUUCUCUUUGGACUAGUUCAUCACUUCCUUAAGUUGUCAACUGCAAAUACAGAGGCCAAGGAGUCAAAAUUACAUUAUCUUUUGCUGAUCAUUCCCGUAUCAACAUUUGGUCUUGGUACGUGGCAGAUCCACAGAUUGCAGUGGAAGAAAGGUUUGAUUAAAGAACUUGAGGAGAGAACAACUCAGCCAGUUCAAGAACUAUCAGAAAAGUAACUGAGAACUCUGGUUUUUUGUUUAAAUGUGGUUUUUGUAAAUACUGUUUAUGUUAAGAUUAUUAUUUUGUCUAUCAACUUGAAUUAUUGCAGUAUCAAUAAACUAAGGACAAAAGAACUGGAAUACCGCCGUAUCAGAUUACGAGGAAAGUUUGACCAUUCAGAGGAAAUUCAUGUGUUACCAAGGUCACUUAAUGAAGGCCCACAUGGUGGAGGGGGCCUGGGGCAGAGGCCAAAAUCUGGUGCACACAUCAUUACACCAUUUGACUUGUCUGAAACUGGGUAAGUUUCUCUUAAUGGCUGUUAAUUGUUUUUUUUUUCUAAGCAGUCUUUAAAAGAGAGUGUUUAACUAAUAUAAUCAGCAACUACUGGUACAUGUAUGAUCAAUAAUUGGGAAAAAAAAUUUGGAUAAACUAUAACUAAAGGUUACAGAGUUCAGGCGAUAACAAUCAAUGGUCAAAAUGCUCUUGCUCCAUCUCUGUGCCUUGCAUAAGUUUCACGUCAGUAGAUGGUCAAAACACAGAUGAUCAGAUUACGAGUGAUAAAAUGUCCAAACAUGCAUGAUCAGUUUGCAGUCUGUACAUUCCAUACAUUCUGCUCUCACAGGAGGACAGGCAUCAAACCAUCAGUGACAAAAUUGUCCAGGCACUGUUGUCAAAUGGAGUAUAUACAGAAUUAAUAUAGUAACACUAUUACUCCUGCCAUAUUAAUGUUACUUUUAGGCAAAGAAUAUUGGUCAAUAGAGGAUGGGUACCAAGGGAUAAAAUUGAACCAGAGAAAAGACCAGAAGGACAGGUGAAUAUGUUUUUCUUUUAACUAUUUUAGACAGCCAGGCAGAAGACAUAAGGCUAUUUCAAAUAUCUACUUACCAACUGUAUUUACUCAAGAAAGGAACACCUUUAACAAAUAAGCAGCACCACCUCCAAAUAAGUCUGCGUAGAACAGGAGCAAUUAACAAGCACCACACUACCAAAUACAAUGCUACACUUCAGCACUGGUUAAAAGCACCAUCCAGUAGUCUGGGACAAGUAGAUUUUCUUGCUGGGCAGGUAAUUUUUAAAGCACACUUGCCUGGUGGGCCAGGGUCCAGGCAAGGCAUCUUCCAACUAAGGCGGGGUUCAGAUACUGCACCACUCAUGUGCCGAACCUAACUGAUGAAUUAAGGAUGGCAAAAGAGCAGAGUCUGAAUCAAUGUGGUACAACAGUUUUAGUUAGGUGCGGCAAAAGUUUGACAGAGUCUGUCGAACUUUCGUCAAACUUAACUUAAGCUCAACACAUGGUGCACCAUCUGAAUCAGAUGUCGCACCAGUGUCACUCCAAAGUCAAACUUAUUCAGUUAGGUUUGGCACAUGAAAAGUACGGCAUCUGAGCCAGGCCUAAAUCAUUGACUGAGAUUGCUUUCCAUUAAUUUUGUCAGAACUUGCUGACCGGGCCAAUCAUUUUGAAAAUGAAAUAAGCUUUUUCCAAGGGUUUUUGCUGAAAAACCAUCUCCUUCAUGCAUACUAUUUAGGAUUUGACUGAUCUGGCUGAAUAGUUUUGAUUAAGAGUGAAAUUCUCAUGAUGACAGGGAUGGCCUGGCCUGUCAGUUCUGACAAAUGGAAAACACCCUGAGACAAGCAAGUAGUUGCCCUAGGCAAGCAACAUGUAGUGCUUGCCCAAAGGACAUGCUAGAAUUCAAGGUUUAUUUCAAGUCUUGACUUUUAUUCUGUUACUUAACUUAAAAAUCUUCUGUAAUUACUUAACUUUGUUACUGACUACACAGAUCCAAGGAGAGGUUGAAUUGGUUGGUUUCAUAAGACAAGGAGAAAAGGUUGGUACAUCUUCAUUUGUGACAUGUUGUUGAGGCUUGAUAGUGUGACAACUCAGGGGCCAGUUGCAUAAGCCUCAAUGUCAGAAAUAAGCUUCAACUGAGCUUGCCCUCACCUCGUUAACUCGGUUGAAAGCUGAUGCCAGUCUACUGAGCAGGAAGCUGUGAGUUCAAACCCCCACUGGAUCACCAACUAAGGUCUUUAAAAAACUGGUGCGAUCAUAAUAGCUGUUAUUAAAACCCUUUCUCAGUUCAGAUUAUCAUGUCAUUGGGUGGUGCAUUAAGCUGUUGGCAAUGUCUCCUUCAUCCUUGCACAUUAGUUGGAAGGGGACAUCUUGUGCCGUCAUUGGUUUGGGUGGGUGAGAUGAGAUCAAACAUGGACUGAAGCAGCUGCAUAGUGUGCCUUUACAUGUCGAUGUCUGAUCUCACCUCUCUGGUUCCUCUGCAAUCAGGUAUUGGCUACAAGUUCAUCCCAGGUAAUCUCUUCUACCUUAUGUCGGACGAUGACAGUUACUUCUGAUGUUUGGUUUCAUGCAACCUUCAUGCCCUAGGUCCCAUGCCUCUCUCUUUCCUUUCCAUUCCAGGGUUUAAGCUAUGUGUUAUGCCCAUCAGUGGUAAAUCUGGGGGGUCCCCUGGAUGCCUAUACACCCCUAUCUUCUUACCCCAGAUACUGUUUCCCGUUCUCACUUCAAAUACCCUUGAAGAAAAAUGGUACAAAAAAUAUUGUUGUAACUGAAGUAAAUUUCCCCUUCCUGCGAACUCUCACCCCAACCCCUCAAAAUCCUAGGUCUGCAAGCAAGCUCUCUGGGGCACUCUGGAUACAGGGUGGGAAAAGAAGGGAGAGUUUGCAACUGCAUAUCUGGAAUUUGAAUUCUAACUCCAAUUUCCCUGUGGCUCCCCAUUGACUGAGCUGUCAGAUUUCCGCCAAUCAGCGCAAAGCAGAAACUAGUGCGAAUGUAAACAAACAUUAAAAAACAGUGUGCCAAGGGUAAUGAUGUCAUUACUAAUGUCAUCUCUGCCAAUCAGCAUUUUGCAUUGAUUUUGUUUUGAUGUAGAUAUUCAAAUUCCAGCGAUAUAGUUGCAAGCUCUCCUUCCUUUUCCUGUCCUGCCGCCGGAGUGUCCCAGAGAGCUUGCUUGUGGGCUGCAAAAUCCUAUGUCUGCCCCAGGUCAUAUUUCGGGCUGACCUGCGCCGAUUCCAGACAAGGUUUGUGAUUGGCUGAGUGAACAAUAGAGAUGGUGACAUAACAAUGCCCCUAUCCCUGAAAACAAUAGGUGUUGCAGGUUAUAGGGACCAAUGAAAUAAUAGUUUUGGAUGAGUGCAGGUCAAUCGCAUAUUUUAGAUGGAUGGGGACAAAAUCACCUUGUGCUUGAUUGCAGGUUGAACGUGUGGAAUUUAGACUUAAAUGUUUCAUGAUAUUUGCUACUGAUUAUUUACUGUUGUCAUCUUUGUUUUAUGUUUAGAGACAGCCCUUCCAGGCCAAAAAUAAUCCUGAGAAAAAUCAGUGGUGUUCACGUGAUGUGGAUGCCAUGGCUGAAGUAACAGGAAGUUUACCCAUUCUUGUGGAUGCUGAUGCUGGUAAUAUUCAUUUUCCUCAGAUAUCAUCACUGUCUUGUGGUGCCUCCCAUAUACAAAAAUGCUUUUACCCCUUGAAAGACAGGAGAAGCCCCUGUGGUUAUAGGUCCCUCAAUAAUUGAUAAUUAAUCAAUCAACCGUACAAUACUAAAAGUUACAGUCCCCCAAUGUCGUCCCAGCUGGUUUAGAAACCACCUUUUAAUCUGCUGGCUUCGUUCAAGGUGUCCUUUUAAGGAUCAUUUUUAGAGCUUGCAUUUCCACUUAAAAGCUUGACUGUGAUCGGAGCACGAGAUUUAUGUUUGAAGACGCGUUUGUCGCACCCUGCACUUUUGGCAUGCUGUGACUUACCAAGGUGCUUACAAUGUUUGAAAAAGGUACAGAAAGCUAAAGGACUGAGCCUAAAGAUGUCCGCGCAUGUAGUUAUGAGAGUUAGAGUUAAGCCCAAAUGAGUUGAUUAUUUUUCGUAAAACAUCAUUCAAACCUAAACUCAAUGUUCUAAUCCUUUUUUUAGCCAGUACCAUUCCUGGAGGGCCGAAAGGAGGUCAGACUCGUGUUUAUCUACGAAAUGAACAUCUUCAGUACAUCAUUACAUGGUAUGUAUGCAGGUGGUAUUUAAGG